GCUACAACCUCUCACCACUACCAUUGCAAUUCUGAAGCACCCUACUAGAUCUAUCGUCUGUUUUCGGUCGUAACCGUCCCGAUCACAAUGGCUUUACAAUCUGUGCUUCAAGAAAUUCAUCCUGAAAAAUUCGCCUUGCAAGGGAGCGAGCUCUACUUGAAGAGCAAUGAAGCAUACUUCGUUGUAUUUGAGAGUUGUAUCAAGCCAGCCGCAAUUUCUCAGCCCACAAGUCAAGAAGUGAGCACUCUGACAAAAAAGAAAUUUGCUCAAGAUUGGACUCUCUGGUGCAGUAAAGGGGACUGGGCAUGUUCCCUUCAGCUUGAAAGACACAGUCUGACCGCGCCUGGUGGUCGAGUUGGCAGAGUGGGUGUUACUGUUUUGAUUCUCGGAGGUGGAAUGUCUUUUCAUUCUACAAAGCAUGGGUUCGCGUGCGAUUCUCUAUUGGACUACGAGGCAGUCCUCGCAUCUGGGGACGUAAUCCACGCCAACGCGAUAAGAACACGGACCUCUUCAUCUCUCUGA